CAGGGGGCCGGGCCUCUGGAACCCGGAAGCUGGGGACCCACGUGGGAGUCUGGGAGGCGACUGUCUUGGUUUGGUUGGCAGAUGGUGGGACUCGGGGACAGUUUGUCCUACGCGAGGGGGCGAGGUGUGGGAGGCCAGUGGGUCCUCUGCAACCGUCUGUUCGUGGAGUCCCGGGCGCAACUGGAGCUAUGCGACUGCUCUGGACGGUCGGGUGCUUCGGUCGCCGGAUCGUCCGUCAUUUCUCCCUGGUGGCGCGGCCUGGCGGGGAGGAGCUGAGCCGCCUGCUUCUGGAUGACCUGGCGCCGACCCAGAGGCUGGAACGUCUGUUCGGCCUGUCCCCGUGCCUCCUGGCCCUGCGGGCCGCCCGCCGGAGCGUGGCCCGGCUUCUGCUCCAGGCGGGUAAAGCUGGGCUGCAAGGGGAGCGGGCCGAGCUGCUCCGGGUGGCCGAGGCCCGGGGCAUCCCUGUCCUGAGGCCCAGGCGGCAGAAACUGGACGCCUUGUGCGGACACCAGGUGCACCAGGGCGUCUGCAUGGAGGUGAGCCCGCUGCGACCCCGGCCCUGCGAUGAGGCGACAGAGGCGAGCCCGGGCGACGACCCUCAGCAACUGUGGCUCGUCCUUGAGGGGCUCCAGGAUCCCCGGAAUCUUGGGGCUGUGCUGCGCUCCGCUCACUUCCUCGGAGUAGACAGAGUCGUCACCAGCCGGAGAAACAGCUGCCCGCUUACUCCAGUAGUCAGCAAGGCCAGCGCUGGUGCUAUGGAGGUGAUGGACGUGUUCGCCACUGCUGACCUGGCCGGUUUUUUGAAGGCCAAGGCCCAGCGUGGCUGGCUCGUGGUGGGCACAGUGGGCUGCCCAGGUCCUGAGAUCUCCCAGUCCUUCAAGGUCCCCAUCACUAACUGCCUAGAGUUCAUCUGGGACCGGCCUACUCUCCUUGUGCUGGGCAAUGAGGGCUCUGGUCUGUCCCAGGAGGUUCUUGCCUCCUGCCAGCUGCUCCUUACUAUUCUGCCCAGGCGUGGGCUGCCUCCCGGUCUUGAGUCCUUGAAUGUGUCUGUGGCCACAGGAAUUCUUCUACACUCCAUUUGCAGCCAGAAGAAGGGUUUCCCUGCACAGACCGAGAAAGGACAACUUCUUCAAGACACUUGAGAAUCCUUAGCUACGCCUGGAGGACUCAGAGAGGCCCAGUACCCAGGACUGCCACUGUAGUCGGAAAAACAGGCUCAAAGUGGGGCUCACCUCGACUGAGAUACGCGUGUGUAGGAAUCGGACCGAGUUGCACGCCGAUUCUCACACAGGCUUGAAUGUGCUGCUGGGCUCUCUGCCUGUGAAAGCCUGUUUAUUGGCUACGGUCAGUGGAGACCAAGGGGUUGGGGUGUCAUUUCCAGUUGGAAAUGGUAGUUUGCUCAUGUCCAGGAUGCGUUAAGACAGACGGUAUCUGUCCUGGAUCUUUCCUAGGAGUCAAAGGACUGUCUUGGCAUGAGAAUGGGGCAGUCCAGUGCAGGGCCUGUGGCGUGUGAGAGCGAGGAUGUAGAGGGAAGUUGAGUGGACUAGUGCGCAGCAUCCCUACUCUUCCAGGUGAUGAGGAUUAAGUAAAUGAGGGGUUCCAUCCAGUGAAUGUUACAGCUGAGCUGUCCUGCCCUGUCUCUCCAUUAGUUGGCAGUCUUGCUCUUUGCACUAUAGUUUUGCAGCUGCAAAGCACCAUUCGAGACAGAGAGAGAGAGAGAGAG